AAAACUCUUUACAGAGAUUAUGAUUGCGAACUAGAAACUUCGGCGAAACAAGUCGCUGAUAAAUGCAGUACAAGUCCUACGACAGUUCUUCCAUCUCAAGUAAAGGAGAACAUCCAUCGCAUUCCCAAAAGCAGCGCGCGCUUCCGAACUGAUGCCAUGGCAGAGGCAGUCAAGUACUGGUGGGGUCUGGUGAGGCGCGUUGACGGUAUCGGAAGGAAAGCCAUAUUCAGACAAAAGCACGAGUCUAGCCCAAUCAGACACUUCACUCUGAUGGCAUGGGCAACCACCGAAUACAUUGGAUGCGCUGUGUCGCUGUCGUGCCCCAGCGAGUGGUAUAUUGUAUGUCACUACAGAAACGGAGGUAAUAUUGUAAACGAACACGUUUACAUGCCAGGUCCCACAUGUUCAGACUGUCCCACAAGCUACCACUGUGGCGCAGACAAGUUGUGCACGAAAUCUUAA